AUGCUUGAUGACAAAAUAACAAAACAAACCCCACCAGUCUGGUCUCAGUAUAAAAAGAAUGUGCCUGAAAGGGCUUUGGAGUUGAAGAGAAUGAAGGAAGAGCUUAUAACUGCAAAUUAUGGCUCAAGGAAUCAAAUCACAAGGUGGAUAGAGGUUAAAGUGUUAGAAACCUACAAAAGGUUGGAAGAAAGAAGAAAGAAAGAUCCCACUGUUCCUAAAAAGCCAGAUUAUUCAGCAUCAGUGGUUUCAACCAAACAGACCCUACCAAUUAAAAUAUCUGUUAAACCCAUUGUUCCACCUGCUGCUGUUUUCUAUCAAAGAAAGAAGCAAAAACAGAUGGAUGAAGAAGAAAAGGCACAAGAAGCUUACAUUGUGAAAGUGGUUCUUCAGCAAAUGUUUGCAGAAAAUCCUGACCCAGCAAAACUACAAGAUGUUGCCAAAAGAGUCAUAAACAUCAUGCCAUCAUCCUCAGACACGGGAGUUUCAGACACUUUAGAUCCUAUGGCGAUCGUGUCAGAUGACAGAGUUUCGUUAGAGCGAGAGGUCUACACUUCCGACACCACCAGUACCGAUGACGACGAUUUCCAGCCAUUUGCGCUGCCUGACGUCGGAGUAGAGCCUGCUGAUGGCCUUCCUGUCGGGGACUUACCACUUGCGGUGAUCCCUGCUCCUAUACCGCUUGCUGCUUAUCCAGUCGUAGAUAUGCCACUCGAUGUUGUUUCUGACGAUGACAUCGAUCUGUUUGAGGAGGACCCACCUGAGGCUGACCAUCAGGGCGGGGCCCCUAUUGUUGCUGAUGUCAUUCUACCCAUUGCAGAGGCCCCUGCAGAGGAGCUUCCUACUGAUUCACCUGUCCCAGAUUCCUUCGAGUCUGUGGCAUCUGCGUCCAUACACACUCAGGGAGUGCAGCAUCACUCUGCAGACGCCGACCCAGACAUGGCGUUAUCCGCUGCACCUGCUCCCGCACAUGACUUUGAGUUUGAUCACGAUCCUGCUGUGGCCCCAGAGCCUUUAGCUGCUCCUGACCCUGCAUUAGAGCAUGACCCUGUCCAUGAUGAUGCACCAGUCAUUGCACCCUUUGUUGAUGAUGCACCCAUUGCUGACGCUCCUGUUGAAGCUCCACUCUUGAUAGAAGAUCCUGUUGUUGCACCAUUUCCUGAUUCUGUGCCGGUGCUGUUCGACCGUGCGCCUUUUGCUACUCAUGUAGAUCCACGUUACGCCGACAUCCGUAACGGGUGGAUCGAUGACGAUGACGAUUACGAACCUUUUGUGCGACCUGUUACACCUCCAGUAGCCCCCGUUUCAGCACCCAUUUCUGCACCCACUGAUAUCCCACUAAUUCCCCCACACAUCACAGAUGCUCAUCGCAUUGAUCUCCCUUUUACGUUCCUAUAG